CGUGUGGUAGGGAGAGCGAAACACGACACCCCUAGAGAGGAAGGGGGGCUGGGGGUUGAGAAUACGGAGUGAGUGGAAAAAUAAAAGUCUGUAGAAAGAGAAAAAAACGUGGUUCCAUACUCAGAUUGAAAGUUUUUCAUGCGAUGUUUUGACUGCUGGAAUGACGAUGUGGAAGAUUCGACCAUGCAACAUUUUAAUGCGGCUAAACUGAUUAGCUAAAGAAUUAUAACAGUGUUACAAGGCAUUCCCUCACUAUCAGCACGACGGACUCAAAGUUCAACGCCAUUCAGUGCUGACGAGUGGGUUUAUACAAAGCUAGAGCAACAUUCGUCUCUACGGUUUGUGAAAAAGAAAAUACAAAAUAAAGUUAGGACCUCAAAAGUAACUAGGGAACAGUAGGGGGGCUGGGGGUUAGAGCGCAUGAGAACAGAGGGGUUCAGGCUAAGCUUAGAAACGGAAAAGUUUUCAAGCCAGCGAGGAAUUUUUCGAUUUUAAUUUGUCAAGAACAACGAAGGCUGGGUGUCCAAUACCACGCUAACUAACAACCAAACGGGAAACUGACCAGAGUCACCAUGAAAACCCCGGGGGACACGGGGUUUGCCUUCCCCGACUGGGCCUACAAGCCCGAGUCGAGCCCCGGCUCGCGACAGAUUCAGCUGUGGUGCUUCAUCCUGGAGCUGCUGCGGAAGGAGGAGUACCACGAAGUCAUCGCCUGGCAGGGCGACUACGGAGAGUUUGUCAUCAAGGACCCCGAAGAGGUGGCCCGACUGUGGGGCGCCCGCAAGUGCAAACCGCAGAUGAACUACGACAAGCUGAGCAGAGCGCUUAGAUAUUACUACAACAAGAGAAUCCUCCACAAGACCAAAGGGAAGAGGUUCACCUACAAGUUCAACUUCAACAAGCUGGUGCUGGUCAACUACCCCUUCAUCGACAUGGGCUCUGGCAGGGGAGUCCCCCAGAGCGCCCCUCCCGUGCCGACCGGGGGCAGCCACUUCCGCUUCCCCCCCUCCACCCCGUCCGAGGUGCUCUCCCCCAGUGAGGACCUGCGCAGCCCGGGCGUGUUCAGCAGCGUGGCCCGCCGUAUGGGCCGCGGCUCUGUCUCCGACUGCAGCGACGGGACCUCCACCAAUUCUGAGCUGGAGGAAGGCGUGGGGGGUGAAGAUCGUGGCGGCGUGGGCCCUGAACGGGCGUUCCGUGGCCUCCUCCACCCCCGCCUCUCCCAUGACUCGCUGUUUCGUGCCUACGGGGGACCCGGCGGUCUAGGCCGUCCCCCGCCCGGCCACAGGGUUCACGGUGACCCCAUGUCUCCGUUCCCUGUGUCCCCCCUGCCGGGCCCUGGGGGCCUCCUGGGGUCCACCCUGUCCCCGGCCCUGUCCAUGACACCUGGCUCCCACCUGCCCUACACCCCAUCCCCCUCCCUCAGCCCCAUGCUGGGCUCCCACUUCUCUUUCAACCCGGACGACAUGAAGCGCUACCUGCAGGCCCACCACCAGAGCGUCUACAACUACCACCUCAGCCCCAGAGCCUUCUUCCACUACCCCAACAUCGUGGUCCCCCAGCCCCACAGGCCCUCUGCCGCCCCUGACAAGCCCAUAACAGCCCACCACCAUGCCCCGCCCAUGCCCCACUCCCAUUCACUGCACCACCAUCAAGGGGAGGAGCAGCACCCCUCGCCCUUCAAGUUCAAGCUGCAACCGCCUCCGCUGGGGCGUAAACAGAGGGACUGCUCUGCCUCCUCUACCGGUGGCUCCUCCUCCAGCCUAGGCUCCUCCUACGCUGCUUUAGGGCUGCUCUCUAACUCCUCCUCCUCAGUGGGCCCUCCCAAAAUCAAGGUGGAGCCUAUCUCCGACAUCGAGUCCGAUGAGGAGGUGGAGGUGACCGACAUCAGCGAGGAGGACGAGCUGCUCGACUACGACGAGGGCGACGUCUUCACCCCCCCUCAUCCCACCAACGGAACCGCCCCUACUGCCAUCACCAACCUGGGCGCCAUCGCCGCGGACGACCUGGAUGAGGAGGUAUUCAAGACCCCCGCCGCCCCUCCCAUUGGUCCUCUGACUCCCUCCCUGCUGGGCCUGAAGAGCGAGCCAGGCCAGGGCCCUCCCAUCAGCCCCGGCAGCACCCUCUGUAUCCCCCUCAAGCUGCGCUUCAAACGCCGCUGGAGCGAGGACCAGAAGAUGGAGGCCGAUGGCGAGCGCGAGGAGGCAGAGGAUAAGAAAGUGCGGGCGGAGAAGGAGGUGGUGGAGGAGCCGACAAGGAGGGAGUCAGAGAAUGGGGAGGGGCCAAGGAGAAGCCCGUCCAUGAGUCUGGGUGCUCCUCCGGCCCAGCGCAGGGCCAGCUCCGAGCUGCAGAGAGCCACAGCCCAGCUGUCUCUGGAGAACCAUGGAGCCUGUUGAGGCAGGGAUUCACACACACACACAGAGACGAUCUCAUGCCCGUACCUACAUACACACUCACUCAUAUAACCAAGCUUACGCAUAUACACAAGUGCCUGUGCGGAAGGCUUUUUUUACUCUCAUUUUGAACUGAUUUAAUACUGAACAUUAACACACAGCUCAACAUGCUGUGACUGAGACACUAAGGAUGGCCAUUAGAUAUCCCCUCUAAACAGAAGACCCUUCAGGGCCCAGAUCCAGGAUCCAUCCCAUAGACCUGUAUGCUGCCUUAAGGUGCCUCCAUCUCCCCUCAACAUUUCCUCCCAGUAACGCCCUUAGCUCCUUAGCCUUUCAUGUUGCAUCAAAACAGAUGGGAAAGAAUCCCUUCAGACCCACUCUCCCAGACGAACCUUAAUAUUGCUGACACUGGGGGGGGAGGACAUCAUGACAAUGCCUUCUAUCUUCAACAGACUUGAAAAGAGAUUACAGAAGUGCUUGUCUUGACGGGGACCUCGUACCAACUCUUGUCAACUGUUCCAUCACCUUUUAUGACUGGGAAGGGAUCUCAGGAGUCAAAACAAAGAGACCUCCUUGUCCGCAUCUGUCUAAUCAUGACCUCUUCGACAGGGACUGACUUAAGACUGAAUUUGUGUCUGAGUGAGCCCUCCUUUUCACCAGACGCUCUUUGAUAAUCGUCUCUCCCCAGCCUUGAGCGUAGGGACAAAAACCAUAAUGGCGUGCAGAUCUACAGAGGACGUGGAUGGACUGACUGGAGACCCCCCCCCCCCCCCCUGUCUCUUAUGGCCUUCCUGUCACUCAAGUGUUGAUUGACACCUACCAUGGCAACAAUGCAGUACCCAACCAGGCCUUAAUGGACAGCUUUUGGGGGGACCCUACAAGACUUUUGCACAAUCUUAUAAGGAGAGAGAAUCGAGAAAAUAGGUAGUUAGUCCGCGCUUGGAAUGGUGUUUAAAUAUUAUCUUCAAGGUCUCCUCCUCCUUUCCCCUCGUUGAAGUCGCUCCUGUUUCUCCCAUAGAGAGUCCCUCAAAAUAAAAAAUGGCCGUAUUUGGGGCGAUGCGGUGGGGCAUUUGCAGUGAACGGAGGGUUAGAAGUACCUCUGUGUAUACAAUGUUCUUGAACUGAGACUGAAAUGAAUCGAUUUUCCCCUCCCUCCCCAAGAAAGUAUACCAUGAAUGUGAGUACCGAGGUGAUAACAGGCAACUUCACAAAGCCUUUUUAGUGACAUUUGAAGUUUGCCCGUUUUAACGAACAAACAGGACAAAUUGAGAUUGUGCCUUUUUUAAACUGACAGGUGACUUAAAAGGAAUUACCCCUGCCAAAUAAUGUGCUCACACUCUCCCACACACAGACACAUAAUGUUGUUCCCUGACGCUCACACUCAUGUAAACACAUUUCUCACUGUUAACUCACAUGGUACCUCCCCACACACACACACACACACACACACUCUGUAGAAGCCUCAAGAGCAUACCAUACUGAAAUGAGUUGGUGUGGGAACAGACCACAUACACUGACUGCCACUUUGCCUUGUUUUUUAUACCAUUUAAGAAACAGAUGCUGAAUAACUAAAACCAAUACUACACAUAUUUUAUUUGAAUAUAUUAAAUACAAAUGUUAUAUUUCAACAACAAAAAGUAUAAUUUGAUAUGAAUCAGGAAUUGUAAUGGUAACUAUAUGUUGGGCAUAUAUGAGGGAGCCCUCUUCUCUCCUUGCCCUUCUUGACUGUGGAACUGCAUUGAAAAGGGUCCUUCUACAAGAGGAAUCGGAACACAUUUCUAUUUGUAAUGUAAAAACAAGUAUUCUGUUUGGGGGUUGAAGGGUGGUGGGUGUAAAGGGACAGUAUAUUAAC